GAGAGAGAGAGAGAGAGAGAGAGAGAGAGAAAGAUAGACAUGUGAGGGAGAGAAAGGGAGGUUACGUGAAUAGGUUAAUUAAUAUCUCAUGCCUCCCUAUUUAUUCAAUUGAUUCAAAAUGAAGAGGACAUAAAUGCCCUUAAACAUAAGAAUACAUGUAGAGUGUUGGGAAUUAGCAUCGGGAUUAGCAUCAAUUCCAGGACCCGAUAGGGGCCUUUUGGUCCUAUCGGGUCCAUAGUUUGGUCCUUUAGGGUUGCGGCUUAAGUGAGGGGCUUUUAUGUAUUUUCUUCUUUUGUUUUAAGCAAUAUAUAUGCACUAUAUUGGCCUGCGAUCAGAGUCUAUUCUAGACUGAUCGCAGGCUGCUCUGUUUCUGGACAGCUUUCGGUCUCUCCUUCUCUCUUCUUCUUCUUCUCUUCUCUUCUCUUCUUCUUCUCAUUUCUGGUUCUGGUUACAUCUAAUUAAUAUUGCAACAUGGUAUCAGAGGAGGUUUAAUCAAAUCGAUUGGUCCAAACAAACCUAUCGCUGCUGAUUUCAACCUAGCGAUAAACUUCCUUGGUGUGCAGCUGGCUUCUUUGCUGCAAUUACUAUGACCUAAUUAAUAUGAAGUGACCUACAAUACAUGUAAGUCAUCUUCCAUACUGCUGCUAUCGGUUUUAUGCUGGUUCUUACUGUUUAAGAAAGCCGCUGGACUUGUUCUCCUCUACCAAUGGCUGCUACUGCUACUUCAUCAUCGAUGGCUGCUACUACUACUUUGUACUUUUUAUAUACUUGCUGCUGAAAGUUGCUGCUGCCUACUGUGUUUUUGUGUUUUUUGUCCAUGCGAUUAGCCUUCUUGCAGAAUUUUUUGUUCUCCUAUCAAAGGCUAAUUCGACACUACUGCUGCUCCCAUCGGCUGGUUAUUUUUUGUUGAGCUUUGUGGUGUUCGAUUGCUUACUGCUGCUGUUUUUCCUACUUGGUGGGUAAUUAUUAUUUGAUUCUCAUGGCUGAGAUCAAAGUCCCUACCCCUACUACUACUACCUCUUCUACCUCGGACAAUGUUAAUGUGCAGAUUACAUCUAUCAAGCUUAAGGGAAGCUCGAAUUACCUUCUUUGGGCUCAGUCAGUCUAGUAUGGAACCCGAUGUCGCUGCCAAUGUUAUGUUUCAUUCUACUGCCAAGGGAGUGUGGAAUGAUUUGAAGGAGACCUACUCUCAGGAGAAGAAUAUGACCCGUAUCUAUGAUAUUUAUGAAAAACUAUUUCAGUAUCGCCAGUCAGACAAGCCACUUGCAGGAUACUACAGUGCUUUCAGGGAUAUAGUUGAAGAAUUUAAUGUCUUUCAACCCUUGAUCACUGACAUUGACAAAUUGAAGGCUCAGUGUAACGAGUUCUUCGUCUCCAAAUUCUUGGCUGGUAUGAACAAUGACCUGAAGGCAGUGAAGGGUCACUUACUUGCAGGAGAUACUGUGCCUACUUUGAAUGAUACAUACUCACGCCUGCAGCGCAUUACCUCUUCCACCAAACCUGAUCAGUCUUCCAAAGACAAUUCUGCCUUCCAUGCCAACCGUGGACGUGGUCGCGGUCAUGGGGGUGGUCGUGGAUCGGUUGGUCGAGGAUCUGGUGGACAGCCCUCUGAGCGUACUGCAUGCCAAUGUACUUUUUGUGGAAAGCCCAACCAUACUGUGGAGACUUGUUGGGAAAAGCAUGGCAAACUAGAGUGGACAACACAGUUAGCUAAUCAUGCAGUGUAUGAUGAUGGUACGAACACAAUGGCUCCAGUUGCCACUAAACCAACACCUUCUUUAGGAGAUUCAGCUACCAGUCUGCUAUUACAUCUACUGGUGCAUCCACAUCCGUUGCUUCCCUAGCCCACACAGGAUCUUCACACGAGGAAGACGAUUGGUGGAGGGCGUGAAAAGAAUGGAUUAUAUUACCUCAACAGUGGCUGUCCUACCUCUUCUGCUGCUGCUACGG